AUGAUUCUCUUUAGGAGAAUGUCCCGAUUAACAGAUAGCUACUAUAGAAUACUCGAGCUUUCUCCUGGGGCUUCGAAACAAGAAAUUAAAGCCUCUUACAAUCGCCUUGUCAAGCAAUGUCAUCCUGAUGUGACCACUAACACAAACAAACGCGAAGCUGCAAACCAAUUUAAACUCAUCCAUGAAGCCCGUGAAAAACUGCUUGGCAUGCCUGAAGAAAAUCAAGAAGUCCAUGAGCCCAAUCAACAAUAUAGCAAAGCCAGUGAAAGUCAUUACACCACAAGAGACUAUGAAGAAUUCAAGAAAAAGCAAGAUGGAUGAGCAAAAAAUGACCAAAAAAUGAAUCAAGAGAAAUCCAGUCAAAGCAAUUACAAUUAUACCGCAAAAGACUAUGAAGAUUUCAGGAAAAAACAAGAUGAAUACGUAAAAAAUGAGCAAAGAAUGCAUGAAGAAAUGGAAAGAGAAAAAGAAAGUAAGCGAAUGAAAGAAGCCUGGGAAGCUCAUAAAGCAAAGUAUGAAAAUGAAAAGGAAGAUGAACCAAAGUAUGAAAACAUAAAGAUACCUCAAAAUGAUUCAACUGAAGUCUUUAUAUUUCUAGGAUUCUUGGUAGGUUUAUAUCUUUUGGCCUGCGGGAUAAAAUACAUUCUUCGAGUAAUUAGUUGAGGAACUCCGUCGUGGUCUGGAGGUGAAAAUCCUUAUUUAGCAUCAACUGUAGAUCAAGUACUAAAAUGGAGGAAUAUUUAUGACAAAGCUCGAUACUGAGGAGUUGAAUAUUCUACAUAUGAUAGAGAGUUUAUUACAUAUAAUAAUUAUGACGGAACAAAUCAUUCGAGAUUUGUAAAAUACGGGAAUGCAGAUGAGAAGAAAUAUAAGUGUCAUACUUGUCAGGAAAGGAUGAACUCUAUGGAGCUUGUCAAAAAUCAUGUAGAAAAAUAUAAUCCUAAUGGCCCGCAAAGCGGACUUGAUUAA